AUGCAAGCAGAAAUAUAUGCUUUGGAACAAAACAACACCUGGGUCUUAGUUGAUCGUCUUCCUGAUAAGCGCAUCAUCGGAUGCAAGUGGGUAUACAAGAUAAAGCUUAAAAUUGAUGGUUCUAUAGAGAGAUACAAAGCCAGACUCAUUGUCAAAGGCUAUACACAGAUAGAAGGUGUUGAUUACUUUGACACAUUUUUCCCCGUUGCAAAAAUGACCAUUGUGCGUGUGUUGCUCUCUAUGGUUGCUUCUAGAGGAUGGCACUUACUUCAACUCGACGUAAACAAUGCUUUCUUGCAUGGAGAUCUUAACGAGGAGAUUUGCUAG